UUCCCGCCCCGGCCAUGGGGGCUUCGUGCAUCUGGCUGGAGACCCUCGUGGUUUUGGCACUUCUCUGGGCCGGAGUCAUGAACUUCAACCUGGACACCAGGGCCGCCUGGAAUUUCUCUUUCCAAAAUGCCGGGAUCCAAUUCGGAUACCGGGUGCUACAGAUUGGGGACACGUCAAAUCCCAGUGUGGUCGUGGGAGCACCCGGGGAUGGAAACCACACUGGGAACAUUUAUCAGUGCCUGCCGGAGUCAAGAAGCUGCCAUCCUAUUCAACUGAAUGAUACCAACACCCACUCCAAGUACUUGGGAAUGACCUUGGCGAUGGAUAAGAAAGGUGGACGCAUCAUGGCCUGCGACCCUGGGCUGACCCGGAAGUGUGAUCAGAAUCUCUACAUCAGUGGACUGUGCUAUGUCUUUCCUCCGAGCCUGGGGGACCCCAUUCUCAGCCUGCGCCCCGGAUAUCAGGAGUGCCUGAAAGGGAAAGUGGACUUGGUGUUUCUCUUUGAUGGGUCGGAGAGCAUGUCCACUGAGAAUUUUCAGAAAAUUGUGGAGUUCAUGAAAGACGUGAUGAGGAAGCUCAGCAACACGUCCUUCCAGUUCGCCGCCGUGCAGUUUUCAAGCAGCGUCAAAACUGAGUUCACCUUCUCCGAUUAUGUCCGCGAGAGAAAUCCGGAUGUUCUGCUCUCCAAAGUGAAACACAUGAAGUCACUGACCAACACCUUCAAGGCUAUUCAUUACGUUGUGUCUGAUGUAUUUAAGGCUGAGGCGGGGGCGAGGGUGGAAGCCACAAAGGUGAUGAUCAUUAUCACAGACGGAGAAGCCACGGACAAGGGAGUCGUCUCUGAGGAAAAAAUUAUUCGCUAUAUCAUCGGGAUCGGGAAUAAUUUUGAAAGUGGUGACACGGAACAGUACCUCAGCCAGUUCGCCUCAAAGCCCGUGAACCAGUUCGUGAAGGUGCUCGACACAUUUGAGAAGCUCAAGGGACUGUUUGACGAGCUGCAGAAGAAAAUCUACAGUAUCGAAGGCACCAGUAAAGAGCACAACUCGAGUUCCUUCCAGAUGGAGAUGUCUUCUAGCGGAAUCAGCGCCGAUCUCUUUGGGAGCCACGGCAUCGUCGGGGCCGUGGGGGCGAACAACUGGGCUGGGGGCUUCAUAGACCUGUGGAGAAACCCGAAGGGGGACACGUUUGUAGGCCCCAAGCCUCUGAAACCUUUCAUGGAGGAUGGCUACUUAGGUUAUACGGUGGUCUGGCUACCCCAAGGCGGGAGCAGGGUGCUGCUGGCAGCGGGAGCCCCCCGAUAUCAGCACGUGGGACAAGUGCGGCUAUUUCUGGCACCGGAUGAUCGGGAGGGAGAAUGGACCCAAAUCCAGAACCUGGAUGGCAGCCAGAUUGGCUCCUAUUUUGGCGGAGAACUGUGUGGGGUCGACGUGAAUGGAGAUGGGGAGACAGAGCUUCUGCUGGUCGGAGUCCCCCUGUUCUACGGGGGAAGGAGAGGGGGCCGUGUUCUCGUCUAUCACUGGAAGGAGGAGAAAUUCCAGAAGGGGCCGGAGCUACAAGGGGAGCCCGGCUACUCCCUGGGCCGUUUCGGAGCGGCCAUCGCGGCCCUGGAGGACAUCAACGGGGACGGGCUGGCCGACGUAGCUGUAGGAGCGCCCAUGGAAGAGAAGGGAGCCGUAUAUAUCUACAACGGGCUUCCGGGGGGGCUCCAAUCCCAGCCCAGCCAGAGGAUCGAGGGGAUCCAGGUGUCCCCCGGCCUCCAGUUUUUCGGCUGCUCCAUCCACGGGGUAAUGGAUCUUGGAAAGGACGGGCUGACGGACGUGAUCGUGGGGACUCGGGGCCAAGUGGUGGUGCUCAGGUCCCGUCCCGUGGUGGACAUCACCUCGACUCUGACGUUCUCCCCGCUGGAGAUCCCGGUGCGGGAAGUAGAGUGCUCUGUGCGAGGAGGCUCGAAGAGACUGGAGGUGACCCUCACUAUCUGCUUCUCGGGCAAGAAUCUCACCCCCAAAUUCCACGGGCCUGUGAACACUGACCUCAAAUACACUCUGGAGACGGAUGGACAUCGCACCAGAAGCCGGGGCGAGUUGUCUCCGGGGAUGCGGGCCGUCAGAGGGAACAUGUCCAUCAUCCCAGGGACGAAAAAUUCCUGCCUCCAGCAUAAGCUUCGGUUUCCGGUCUGCGUGGAGGACAUCAUUUCCCCCAUCAACAUCUCCCUAAGCUUUGCCCUUCAAGAGGAGGCUGUGGGGAGCCUUAUGAUGGACGAGCAGGAGAAGGGAGUGAAGCCCAUCCUGAGUCUCUCCACCCACACGGAGACCUGGGAGAUUCCUUUUGAGAAGAACUGUGGAGAAGACAAGAAGUGCGAGGCCGACCUGAGCCUGAAAUUCAACUCCAAAAGACCCCCAGCGCUGCAUCUUUCCCCAUCGUCCAACCUGUCCGUCCUCCUGGAGCUGACCAACAGCGGGGAAGACGCUUACAGGGUGCAACUGCAUCUGGCCCUCCCCGUGGGCCUCUCGUUCCGCAAAGUCUCAACGGUCGAGCCUCACAUCCAUAUUCCUGUAACUUGUGAGGAGGGAACCAAGGUGUCUGGUUCCCCAGUCUGGACCCUAGCCUGCAAUGUGAGCUCCCCUAUCUUCAAAGGAGGCUCUGAGGUCCUCAUCCAGAUGGUGUUUGAUACGCUGUUGAACAGCACCUGGGGAAACUCCCUACAGAUAAGCGCCAACAUCAGCUGUGACAACGAGGACGCCAGCCUGUGGAAUAACAACAGCGCCGUGACAGAGAUUCCCAUCCUCUACCCCGUCGUCGUUGACAUCGGGAUCGAGGAGCAGAUCAGUACCUCCCACUUCAACUUCACUUCCAGAGGUCCCAAGACUCAUACGUUCCAACAUUCCUACAAGGUGAAUAUCCAACCGCUCAUCGACUCGCCGCCGACUCUGGAGGUCUUUGUCUUGAUGCCGGCGACUCAGCCCAAAGCACUCAUCCAAGGCAACUUGAGCAUAGAUGUGGAUUCACAGAGACCCUGCCAGUGGAUGCCCGUGAACGAACUGCCCCCCACCAUUGAGUUCCCCAAGACCUGCUCCGUCGGAAAGGCCUUCUUCUGCGUCUUUGCUUUCCAAAAUGCAGUCUCCGUCCAUGUGAACGGAGAGGUGGAACUGACUGAAAAGAUCGAGGACUCUUCCAUCAUCAAGUUCUGCAGCUCCAUCUUGGUCUCUUUCAACACGGAGAAGUUCUUUCACCUCCAUGGCCGUGACUUCUCCAAAAGCCAGAUCACCACAGAAGUAGACCUGGUGUACGAGAAGAACGCGCUGCUCCUGUAUGUAAUGAGUGGAAUUGGGGGGCUAGUUUUGCUGCUGCUGAUCUUCCUAGUUCUGUAUAAGUGUGGCUUCUUCAAAAGGGAUUUGAAGGCGCAGAUGGAUGCCGCUAGCGCUGGGAAUGGGGCAGAGGAAGGAGAAGAGGGAGGAACUCCCGAUCCCAAGGAGCCCGAGGAGUCUGUGGAUCCCGGCUGCACGGAGCUCCUCAGAGAAGAAGCCUCCCCCAGUGCCUGAACCCCCGCAGAAUGAACAGGGAAGACUUGUCUCCUUCUCCUCCUCCCUGAGGCCUGGGGACAGAGACGCCGCUUUGUCUCAAAUUGCCAAGCAGCCCGUUCAGGGAUCGGAUUCCUCCAGGGCUCUCCCAGAUUCCACUGGGCCCGUGCCGAAGCUUCAGUCUCUCCUACCGAGCAUUCCGGAGGCAGGAAUGAAGGGGGUGUUACCCUGAACCGGGGAGAGCAGCGGGUGCCAAAGUGAAAUGCCAACCUCCCACUGGCACCGGAGACUAGAAGCCGAAGGAGGGCAGAAUGGUUGGAACUAAGCCCUGGAGGCCCUUUGUUUCUUUUCCCUCUCCCGCAACCCUUAGGUGAUGUGAUUCUUGAAGCCGGUUAUUGGUAAUUUCCCAAGCGUUUGGUACAAUUCUCUGUACCCAGUGGGUGCUUAAUAAAUAAACCACAGGUGGACUGAA